GCCACCCCAGGAGGGUGGGAGGGAGGGAGGGAGCUAGAAGGAGAAAGAGAGUGAGAGAGAGGAGAGCGGGACGUGGGCCGCUGUCAGGGCUAGGGCCGGAGUGGGGUCAGCCCAGCCCAAGACUAGACAAUUGAGCCCUAUGAAGAGUUCGAAUCGGGAUCGUGCCUCCCGAAGCGCAGAGCCCGGGGAGCCCGGCCUGCGGGGAGCAGCCCCCACCCGGGCUGGGACCGAACCGUCAAGGGAAUCGGGAACCCAGGAGUCCAGGAAUCGUGAGCAAUCCACCGUGGUUCGAGGAACCAGUGACCCAGGCAUCUGGGAUUCGUGAGUGCCGAGUAGUCGGAGCGAAUUGAGAACCGAGGGUCUCCAUAUCCGUGGGCACCGAGCCGUCGGGGACUGCCCCGGUACUGAGCCGCUUGGCAGCUGCUUUGAGAGACACUCUCGGGUUCCGAGCCGCUGCCCGGAGGGGCAGGGGGACCAGACAAUACCGUCGGGUAGGGGUAGGUCCAGCCCAGUCCCGGUAGCUGAGUCCUGGGCUUGAGGAGAAUCCGGGGUAGCUGCCGCCGCAACCAUUGCGCCCAAAAGCGAGGAGGACCUCUUGGCCCUGGCCGCAUCCCGCCUGAGCCGCCGCAAGCGGGUGGUGGGCGCGGCCGUCGGGGUGGCCAUGGUGCUGCUGCUACUUGUGGCCAUCCCGCUGCUCGUGCACAGCUCCCGCGGGCCCGCGCACUACGAGAUGCUGGGCCGCUGCCGCAUGGUCUGCGACCCGCACGGGCCCCGCGGUCCAGAUCCCGAUGGGUCCCCUGCUUCGGUGCCUCCAUUUCCCCCAGGAGCCAAAGGCGAGACUGGCAGGAGGGGCAAAGCCGGGUUGCGAGGACCCCCGGGACCACAGGGACCGAGGGGUCCCCCGGGAGAGCCCGGCCGACAAGGGCCCCCAGGCCCCCCAGGCCCAGGUCCGGGAGGUGCGGUGCCUGCCGCCUACUCUCCGCGGAUCGCCUUCUACGCUGGGCUGCGUCGGCCUCAUGAGGGCUACGAGGUGCUGCGCUUCGACGACGUGGUGACCAACGUAGGCAACGCUUACGAGGCGGCCAGUGGCAAGUUCACCUGUCCCAUGCCGGGUGUGUACUUCUUUGCCUACCACGUGCUGAUGCGCGGCGGCGACGGCACCAGCAUGUGGGCAGAUCUGAUGAAGAACGGGCAGGUCCGAGCCAGUGCCAUCGCCCAGGAUGCGGACCAGAACUACGACUACGCCAGCAACAGCGUCAUCCUGCACCUGGACGUGGGGGACGAGGUGUUCAUUAAGCUGGAUGGCGGCAAGGUCCACGGAGGGAACACCAACAAGUACAGCACCUUCUCUGGCUUCAUCAUCUACCCGGACUGAGCCCUCUCCCAACCCCACCCUCAGCCGUUCCAUGCCCAUAUGUUUUUCCUUUUGCUUAGACUGCCAGGUCACAGUCCCUGCUUCUCCUUCCAACUCCAGACAUCAACCAACAGACUGAAUGAAAGCUUCUAGGGGACCAGCUAAGCCUCGGGGUGGCAGAGUGGCAUAAUUUGGGGAGUAAUCCUUUUGGAAGAGAGGCCGACUGGAGCAUUGCAGCUCAGAGGUAGGAGACCAUCAAGGUCCUGGAGAUGGUUUGACCCUACCUUGGAAGGGAGGGCAAGGGUUUGGAGCCUGAUUUUCCCCAAAGAAAGAAAGGACAGGCAGAAAAGGAGGUAGUGGUAUGCAUUCAGUAAACACCAGCUACUGGGCACCAGCAUCUGGUGCAGGGAAGGGAAUCCAGAGCUGAUCUGGAUUCUGUGAAGUGUUCCAAAGAUGGGGCUCUGCCUUGGGCUGGGAUGCUGGUCUUCUCCCUCCUGUCUACCCAUUUCCCCAUCUCCAGAAGGCAGAAGCUGGGGAGAGCUGCACUUCAGUCCUUAUACAACUGAAUCCAGCUUUGGUCAGUGAACUAAAGGAGUAGGAAAUUAUUUUCUGGCAUUUUAAACCCAAAUUGCGUGGCCCCAUCCCUACCAUAUCCCACAGUUGGACAGGGGUUACAGUUACUGUUCUCUUCUAAUAAAAUAAGGUUCGGGACAUGCA